GCCCAGCAAUAUUUUGAAAUUUGAAUCACACUCGCUCCUUCUAAUGUGCGCCUGUAUCUAACAAUCUACAUCUUCUUCAAUCAAUCGAUCUCAAAUUCUCAAUUUCAAAUCCACAAUCUCCAACCAAACUCAAAUCCAAUGGAGAAUACGGUUCAAGAGAUCAUAGAGAAACAAGUGCUAACGGUAGCAAAAGCUGUAGAGGACAAAAUAGACGAUGAAAUAGCGGCAUUGGAGAAGCUAGAUCUGGACGAUAUUGAGGUGUUGAGAGAGCGCAGGCUGCAGCAGAUGAAGAAGAUGGCGGAGAAACGGAGCCGUUGGAUUUCGCUCGGUCAUGGUGAAUACUCGGAGAUAUUUUCUGAGAAGGAUUUUUUCACGAUCGUGAAGGCGAGUGAUCGUGUUGUUUGUCAUUUUUAUCGCGAGAAUUGGCCGUGUAAGGUGGUAGACAAACACUUGAGCAUAUUGGCAAAACAACAUAUCGAGACACGGUUUAUAAAGAUUCAAGCCGAGAAAAGCCCGUUCUUGGCCGAGAAGCUAAAGAUUGUCGUUCUUCCAACAAUUGCUCUUAUAAAGAAUGCUAAAGUGGAUGAUUAUGUGGUGGGAUUCAAUGAACUUGGUGGAACCGACGAGUUUAGCACAGAGGAACUUGAAGAGAGGUUGGCCAGAGCCCAGGUUAUCCAUUUCGAAGGCGAAUCAUCUUUUAAAGCAUCAAAGCCCCAAACAAGAAACGUGCGGCACGGCUCUAAUUCACAUGAUUCAGAUUCUGAGUAAAUAGUCUUUACAUUACAAUCGUGUGAUGUGUCGUGUAUCGCUAAUAGAUGCUAUGAAAUUAUUUUUGGGUCACGGGUCUCACCAUAUACAUAGGCUUAUUAUGAAUGAACUUGAAUCUACUGAACCAUAAAAUAUUAAAAUCAA